AUGGGAAUUCAAAAUCUCCUGAAAUUUCUCAAACCCCUAGCGCAACCUGCGCACAUUAGCGCCUUCGCCGGGCAUACCGUCGGCGUCGACGCGAUGAGCUGGCUUCAUCGCGGCGCGAUUGCAUGCGCCGUCGAGCUCGUCAAACAAGAAGAUACAGACAAGUUUCUGCGCUUCGUGAUCCACAUGAUUAUGCUAUUCAAGUACCACCGCGUAGAGCCGCUCCUUGUUUUCGAUGGCGCGAAAAUCCCGGCGAAGGCCGCUGAGGACGAGAAACGACAGCAAGCACGGCUGAAGGCGUCGGAGGAGGCGAGGCAGCUGCUGAAGCAACACGAAGAAGCCCGACGAGCGAAUCGAAAACCGCCGGGGGAUACACGAGAGCUCCUUACCAAGUGCGCCCAAGGCAUCUCCAUCUCUCCCGAAAUGGCAGCUGCAGUCUCGGAAGACAGCGAUUUGUUGGCGCACGGCUGCGGCCAGGUUUUGUUCAAAAUGGACAAGGAGGGAAAUUGCGAGCGUCUCGUCCUCCCUCUGAAAGACAGUACCUCUCUCGCGUUUACCUCGUCCACCUCAGGGCCCCAAAGCUCGUCUCUAUCUAAAGACGCUAACGCGAAGAAAUUGGGACAACUCGAGUGUCUUCGCGACUUUGAUCAGAAGAUGUUCACGGCCAUGUGCGUUCUUGGCGGAUGCGACUACACGCACGAUGUUCACAUCAACGGUCUCGGCAUCAGCACCGCUUGCCGAUUCGUGCACAAACUCGGGAAACUCGAACGCGUCAUCCAGUACCUCUUCAAAGACGAAAAGUGGAAGAAGAAACUGACGCAACCCCAGGAGGCAGUCCUACGUGGACACAAGAUGGCGAUGAUCGCAUUCACACAUCACCGGGUCUUCGACACAUCGACAGGCUUGGUCGUCGCCGCUUCUACCCUCCUGUCCCCUCGAUCGACACCCCAAACCUCAAAAGCUUCUUCUCUCCCGUCGUCUCUCCCGUCUUCUCUUUCGCCGUCUCUCCCGUCUUCUCUUUCGUCUUCUCUUUCGUCUUCGUCUCGCGCUUCUUCUCUGCCGCCGUUCGCAGCGCGGCAUUCUUCGUCAGUUUCCUCGCCGAGAAGAGAAGGGCCGUCCAAUUCAGAGACGGGAAUUGCUGAGGAAACCGAGAAGGGAGAGAAGGAAAACCAACAGCCUGGUAGCGAUAGCGCGUCGAGGAAGAAGAGGGAGGGCGAGGGAGAAAGUGACGAUCCCGCGAAGGAGACAGAGAAGGCAGGCGGCAGACGCGGCAACGCACAGGAGGCGACAGGCUCCAGCAUUUUGGAAGACGUCGACCUCGAAACAGACAGUGACGACGAGGCAUCCCUAGAGAGGAUCGUCGGCAGAUGCCAAGAGAACUUUCGUCCUUACGCAGAAGGCGUGGUGAAUCCGCGAACGCACAAAGCUAGAAUUGCUCAUCUAACCCGAAAGGAGCAGAUCUUGAUUGAGGAAUAUCGGGCACGAUCCCUCGUGCGUGUCCACGAAGGGAAUAUCCUCUCAGCGCAUGCACGCGCCCGACAAGCUCACCAACCUUCCUCUUCCUGCCCUGUCUCUUCUUCCUCUUCUUCUUGUUCCUCAUCUUCCUUUUCUUCUUGUUCCUCAUCUUCCUCUUCGCCCUCUUCCUAUUUCUCGGCUGUCUCUUCUACUGUCUCUUCCUCUGCUUGCCCUAGCCCUCGGCGCGCUUCGCGGGAGGCGAGCAGCGAGGCGAGGGAGAAAGCCCGAGAGAUACACGCCGAGCGCAUGCAGGCGCACGCGUUUGACGAGUUUGCGAUGUCCGGUGAGCGAUCGCGCCAAACCAUGCAGCGACAUGAGGGCGGCGCACCUCCGCCCCUGAGCUCGGGAGCGUCGGAAGCAGUCGAGCGCGAGAAAAAGGAAAGCGACGGCGGCAAGGACGCGGCCGGGAGACCGCCGACGCGCGACACCUUGCACGCGGAAAGCGGGAGAGAAAAGGAGACAAAGUACGAGCGGCAGGAUGUCGAAGAAGCGAAAAGUCGUGUCGUGCUUGCGAAGGAGAAAACGGCGAAAGGCGGCCAAAUGAAACUGAGUUUCAUUGCUGUUAAGCGAACGAGAGUCGUGCAUGUAAAGCGUGACGUCACGGAAAGUCUUCCAGGUUCUCGUCACUUGCCAAACAGAAAGAACAUCCACUCGGAAUCGUGCGCUUCGCCACCUUCCUCGGAGGUUCCGGCUCGGACUCUCGCUGGCUCUCGCUCCGCCUCUUUCGCUGCGUUUGCCUACUGCGAGGAGGAACAGCUGGGCAACCAGGGCAGAGAAAAUGAGAAAGGAGAGAGUAGUGGAGGUGAGGAAGGAGACAGUGGUGGUGGUGCGACAGGGGACCGAGGUGACAGGACGCAGAAACGCGAGCGGCAAGAAGACGACGCAGAAGAUGCGAGGGGGAAGCGACGCAAAUCGACACAAACGCGUUUUCCUAGCGACGCAAGUAAUGCGAGUUUUGCUUCGAGCUCGCAACCCUUACCCCUUGCUUCCUCGCCAUCACCGUCCUCGUCCUUUGCUGCUCCCGCCCCUCCAGCGCCUUCGCCUUCACCUCUGUCUUCUCUCUCUCAGCCUUCUCAAUUGCCUUCUCAAUCUUCUAUGUCUUCCGACUCGUUUUCUCAAACCUCUUUUCUCUCUUCUCAACCAUCUUCGCAGCCUUCUGUGCCUCGUUUCUUCGCUUCUUCGUCCAGUCACCGACCACCAGCAGGCGCGCUCCCCUUGGCCGGCAAAAAAAAGAAAUUCGGCGCAGGCUUCGAUGCCGCUCCGAGCGCGAGUGGUCCUCCGCGGGGAUCUUGGAUUCUCGGCGGAAAGGAAACACCCUCGCUACCUGGCGCAUCCCUCUCUUCUUUUUCCUGGAGAAACAAAAAGUGA